ACCACUGUUGUCCAUUCAGCAUCUCUGUCCGUCUCCUCAUCCGUUCUCGAACUUUCUCCCCCACAACCCCCCUCCGAUUCCUCCCAACACAUUCACUCUCUCCGCCCAUCCCGAAGAGAGCUGCCUGUCUGUCUGUCUUUCACCUCUUGCCUCCAGUUAUCAUCUCCCCUUUUUCUGCAACAGUCUGCUUUGCUUUGUGUGUGCACGCUGCAUCAUGAUGCAUUUGGACCGCAUCUGGGGUCUCUCCUUGUUCCUGUCCCUGAGUUUGGGAUGGACGAAGGCUCAGCAGACCAACAACACCAGGCCUGUGUUCCACUGUGGAGGAGACCUGGUGUCAGACUCAGGCUUUGUUGGCAGCGAGGGGUUCCCAAGCUUCUACAAACCCAACAGUAAAUGUACCUGGCGUAUCACCGUCCCAGAGGGAACCGUGGUCAUGCUCACUUUCCGCAUUUUUGACCUUGAGGCCGACUCACAAUGCCGCUACGACUAUCUGGAUAUUUACAACGGCAAUACCAACUUGGUGCAAAAACUAGGUCGCUUUUGUGGAACUUUCCGGCCCGGCGCUCUUAUUUCCACCACAAACACCAUGAUGCUAGAGAUGGCGAGUGAUGGAGAGACGCAAGGCAGAGGGUUUGUGGCCUACUUCAGUGGAGCCAAACCGUACGUAGAUGACGAGCAGUUCUGUGGGGGGAAGAUAACGAAGGCCCAGGGAGAGAUCAAGACGCCCAACUGGCCUGACAAGAAAUACCCUGCAGGAACCAGCUGCUCCUGGCUUAUCACUGUGGAGGCUGAUAUGGUUAUCCAGGUGCUGUUUGAAAAGUUCGUCUUGGAAGCUGACAGCUAUUGCCGGUUUGACUACGUGGCGUUCUUUAACGGCGGAGAGAAAGAUGAUUCGCGGCUGAUUGGAAAAUACUGUGGCGAUCAGGCCCCACAGCCAAUUAUGACCAGCGGCAACGUACUACUGGUACAAUUCGUGUCGGACCUCAGCGUGACAUCUGAUGGAUUCCUCGCCCACUACACCGCCGUCCCACGAGGUACUCAGAUACCAACAUUCAACUCAGGAGCCGGUACGAGGUUCAUCCCUCCAAAACCUGCAGUAAAACCGGCUGCACCCAAACGUCCUGUCGCCACCGUCCGGCCACCCGUCCCCACCUCUAAAUAUAUGCCACCUGGGCCCACCGUGAAACCAAAACCAGUCAAACCCACCAGAGGCCGCGGACAGGGCACCACGGGCCCGGAAAGGAGAGUGCCCAUCACAAGGCCGAAUGGAAAGAGGCCUGUCCCUCAGAAUCCUCUCUGUGCCAAAGCCUGUAAAAGACAGGGAACCAUCAAGACCAGUUUCUGUGCCAGUGAAUUUGUGUUAACCGGUAAAGUGACCUCGCUGGCUCCCGGGCCCAGAGGCACUCUUCUUGUCAGCGUCUCCGUCAUUAAGGCCUACAAGGCAGGUCGACUAAUAAUCGCGCAAGCCGGAGAGAUCAUGUCGGUUAAGCUGGUGUCAACGUGCAAGAAGUGCCCGUUGCUCCGCAGAGGUUCCGACUACAUUAUCAUGGGUCAAGUGGCUGAAGACGGACGUGGUACCCUGCAACACGGUGCAUUCACAGCUCCAUACAAAGCCCCACAUCACAAACUAUUAAUGAACAUCAGCAACCAACCCUGUUAACCUCACACGUCUGUAACAUUCAGAUGACAUAUCAGACACACAAAUCCAGACAUUGCAAUGUGAAAUAUGGACCUAUUAAAGCACAAUAUUACAGAAAAACAUAUCUUCAGUUUUAUCCACUAUUUUUAAAGGAAUACAAAUAUUUUUAUUCAACCACACCUGCCAAACCUAAUGUUUGUAAUUUAUACAUGAAUAAAGGUUUUAUAUCUCUUUCAAA